ACGAGGUGAGUGUAAUUUACAUUCACCUCGUGGAGAAUUGCCUUCGCAGCUCCUUCACGACUUUGGUAUGUGUGUGCAACCCCUACUCUAUUCGGCAAACUUUAAGACAAAACCACAAGCCAAAAGUCGUCCAUACAUCAUUUCUUGAUUGCACGCUUUUGAGCUGAGAAAGCAUCAAGUGAGUGUAACUCUCUGCAAGUGAGUGUUCCCAUCCUUGGUUCCUGCAAUAGCUUCGACUGGAUUUCCUCCAGAAUCGCCUUUGAUUUUUUUCAGAUUUUUCUCAUGAGACUUAUCAAGAGGAUUCUAGGAGAAAUCAUUGGAACUCAUUACUAGAUUAAUACCCAGAAGGGACUCUCAGAGAAAUCCCAGACUAUAAUUUUGCAGGAACUUCUAUAAACCAUUUUUUUCAAGGAACUUCUGAAGGAAUCUAGAUACGUCCACUACCAGGAGGCUAGAUUUUAGAGUCUUUGGGUUAUGGGUAAAAUGGAGGCAUAAGAAUGAAAAAUCUGAAGUGCUUGCUUAGAUGCGCCAAGGAAUGCCUCAUGUGAUUCCUCCAGGUAUUACAACAGGAUUUAUUUCAGGGAAUCUUUUCGGGUUAGCAUCAAAUUUCUCAUUCACGUGAUUAAAUUUCACGGAUGUAUCCACCUCCAUCCACGAUAAUGGAAUUUCACUGAAUAAGAUGAAAAAUAAAAGUCUCUCACUCCAGCACUCACGAUAAUUCUCUUUCUCUUUAUCUACAACUCAAUCUUCUGUAUCGAAUCAUGCUUGUUACUACAUUGGCUUAUCCGGAUAAACAACCAAGCACCACUACGUCUGAAAGUCUCUUCUUCUUCUUUGACUAUAUGACCAUCAGAAAGUCGCAACCGAUACACGAGAACAAUAAUUUGACGUUUAGUGGUAUCGUGUUUACACAAAAUGUACUUGUUUCUAUGACCAUCUUGAUAACACAAUACCGCUAAGAUGUCAACCGAGUGUAAACGUGGAUUGGUGCAUAUACUGAGCAAACAUUUUCUCCUGCAAGAGAUUUGUGAGUGAACGCUAGUUGCAGACAGCAUACUUUUACCACGCAAACGACCCGUAGUGAGACCCUUUUCUAUCGUCUAUGUGUGCAAUAAAAUACACAGGCUACUUUAUCCGGAAAAUAUCAGUGACAGAUCAAUACUCGCGUGAGUGACGGGAAAAUUUGAAGGGCUGUUUUCAGGAUUUCUUCAUUUAUGUCUCGAGAGAUUCCUCCAGUGAUUUAGAAAAAAUACGGAGAUUUAUCCACGUAGUCUUCCAAAGAAUCUCCAACGAAUUUAUAGUUAUUCCUCCAAAAAAAUGUCAUUGUCUUCAGCAAUCCUUAAGUAAUUUAGAUUGGAAUUUAUUCACAUUUUUUCUAAGAAAUUCCACAGAGAUAACUCCAAAAAUUUGUCCCAGCAAUUUCUUCAUAAAUUGCUUCUCGCAAUCCUACCAAGAUUCCACCUAUAAUUCCCCUGAAAAUUUCUACUGGUAUUUCACCUGGAGUAACCCUGGGGGCUCUCUCAGAGAAAUUUCAAUGAGUAUUUAUCCAGAUAUUCGUCUGGGGUUUUCUUCAGCGAUAUCUCUUGGUUUUUUUGAAAUAUUUUUCUUCAGCGAUAUCUCUUGUUUUUUUUUUAAAUAUUUUUUUCAGUGAUUUGUCCAGGAAUUCAUCUAAGGAUUUCUCCAUGGACACGAAAGCUCGAACAUUCAUUGCAAAGUGCGGUAAAAAUUCGAAAUCACUAGAUAUUUUCCAGAUAAUCCUUGAUAUCUUGAUCAAUUUUGCUGAAAAUUUGAUUGAUCCAAAAUCAAAGAGCUCGUCAUCAAAUAAAGCCCUCAAAAGCCUGGUCAAGUUUUCCGAUGUCGGGAUUCUUCUUUUUUUUUCUCUAAAUCGUGGAAUGCAGGAGUUGCCAGUUUUAAAGAUUCAUUCACCAAUCCUGGACCUUUUAAUUCCGCCCAAGGUACAAAACAUACUACACUCAUUCGAAGAGGGUAUUCUGCUUAGAGGGUUCAAAAAGUCGGUACAAGACUAGAAUCUACUAAAGUCCAGAGCCAUCUUUCUCAAACUAUGGGUCGCGACCCACUAGCCCCAUAACAAAUACACGUGUCGAUAAAGAAGUUUGAGAAAGGCUGGUCUAAAUAGAGUAUAGUCCUUGAUGUCAAGAGGGAGUUCUUUUAUGUAGAAUGAAGCUUGAGAAACAAGCAUUUGAAAAUUGUUACGCUUCACUAACAGGUGUCCGGUCAUUUAACCGAAUGGCAUUUUGCCAAACGCCAUUUAGCCGAUUGAGUUAUUUGGCCAGAUGCAGUUUGGCCGAUUAUGUUCAAAAGAAUUUAAAGGAACAUUUUGACAUUCUAGCUACCAAUGAGAUCAUCAGUAAUAUUUACUUAUUUUAACCCUAGUAGGUCUUUGGGUCAAUAUGACCCCAGACAGGCACGCUGAAUGUGCCUUACGCCUUCGUGGAUAUUUCUUUUUUUUUUAAAUCAUAGGCUGUUCUUUCGAGUUAUACCGCUUGGAGAGCAGCGACACAAUCGCCUAAGGGGACUGGAUGCACUGUCACAUUUUUUGAUUUUUUUUAUUAAACCUGGUAGGUAGAAAAUGUUUUUCUUUUUUACAAAAACAAACUUUGUUUAGAAAGUUUGUACACAAAUGAUUUUUGUAAAAGCAAAAAUAAAAUUCCACCUGGAAACAAUUCUGGAAAUACCUUGACUCUUACUCUAAAUGUGCAUGAUAACCGAUUCUGAAAAUGUUAAAUAAAAAAAAAACAAAAAUCAAAAAAUGAGAAAAUGCAUCCAGUUUUGCCUCCGUUGUCUAAUUAUCAUUCAGUUUGUACAGCCUCUGGCUGAAGCCGGUGUUCGUGUUUUAAAAAAAUGUUACUUGAGUAGAAUCGAUAUACAGCGAUAUCAGCGAAUAGCGAGAAGGAUGAACCACGAGCUCGCUGCACUUUACGGCGAACCUAGCAUCCAGAAGGUGGCCAAAGCCUGAAGGAUACGGUGGGCAGGGCAUGUUGCAAGAAUGCCGGAUAACAACCCUGCAAAGCUGGUGUUUGCAACUGAUCCGGUUGGCACAAGAAGGCGUGGAGCGCAGAGAACACGAUGGGCGGACCAGGUGGAGCGUGACCUGGCGAACAUUGGGCGCGACCGAGGUCACGUCUUCUAUAAAGUCUGAUCCUCGAGAUACAGACGUUUUGAAUCUUGGCACCCGUGGUUUAGGUAUCCUACAUGUGCAAGCCCACAAGUAGGCGUGCAAUGCCUCUUUUGUGAUCUUGACUAGUUAAUGAUCUUCCAAAAAACUGGAAUAACGUAACUUAUUUUGAAUCAAAAAGUGCUGGCUGCUGAAGGUUGUCUUUGUCUUCCUGGAUUCUUUGUUCAAUCGCAGAAGCUUUCGUUAAUUUGGUUGACAAUUUGUGGAACUUAAACAACAUUAGCAACUGUUGGUGAUUUGUCCAUCUUUCAGUCAUAACCUUGCCACUGUGUCACCAUCGUGAGAAAAUGGGAAAAAGCCUUCAUCGCCCUUCACGGAUGGUGGUCGGUCGUUCGCCGAACAAAUCGAUGCCGAAGGAAACAUGUGAUAUUGUUUUGACAGGGCCCUAGCCGAGCCGAUGAUUAGAGCGAGAUGUUGGACACCACCAAACCAGCAAUAGCAGCAGCAGCAGCAGCAGGCACGUAGCGGCGGAAUUUGAUUGAAAUUGAACCUACGGAAAUUGGAUAUUUACCACUCGGCAGUGGGGGCGGGGCGGCGCGCGUGAGCACAACCUAAGGGAGCCACCGGCCGCUCAGUCAUUGACUGUUGCGCCCAUUUGCGGUUCCAAAAGAUUUCUCGGUAAACUUAAUUGGAUCUGGGCGGUUAUCUGUGAACGGUGGUUUGUCUGCGGUGACGCACUUGUCAACAGAUUUUUGAGCGAUAAUUGCCUCACUUUGACAGGCCUACUAAACUUUCGAACGUGCGACAAGCGCGCGCGAUAAGCCCCCGGACAAAUGGGCUCGUAAAAUGUGUGUUCUACUCUUUAAUGACUCCGGCCCGGCGUCGAGAGAUUGUGACCCAAGGGACCGAGAAGGGAGAUAAUCCUGGCUAUCGUUUUAAGAAUUUUUAAUGACCUCUUGACUGAGCAGCAGCGAUCACUUCUCGCUUCUUGUCCCUUUCACAUUUGAAGUUUACGCGCUUUUCAUAUGCAGCACACACAGAGGUUAUUGCACCGCUCAUCUCGAGAAGGCAGGCAAAUCGAAGGAAGAAAAUGACGACGACGACGGUUACUGUGGCGGACAGAUGUUUUCACUUGUCAUGUCGGGUACGCUAGGGACCUGUCGGUAGAGGGAGGAGCCAGGAAGAAUGAAAGAUCAAAACGGAAUUCUCGCUCCCGGGUCGUCGACAACGAGUUGGUUGGUUGGUUGGUAAUCUAAUACCCUUGUUAACGCACAUUCGGAAGUGCUCAUCCGAGAAGAGUUAUAUGCUUCGGUGUGAAUUUUUCUACUCGAUUGAUGCGAUCACUUUACAAUGCUGGAAAGUGAAUGAUGAUGCGGGAAGGGGUGUUGUAAAUAAUGAUCCAUAACCAUUGUGAUGCCACAUUUCUUUGUUGAGAAUGUGUGUGCACAAAACGACAUCGACACAAAUUCUUCAAGGAUCUAUUGGAGGUUCUCUUAAAACGUUACUAAGAUUCCUGUGAGAAUUUAGCGGUGCUGGGGCGCGUGGCGUAGUUGGUCAAACGCUCGCUUCUUAAGCGGAUUAUCAUGAUACAACACCUACUCUCUUCUGAGCCCUUUACUAAAUCUAAUGGCCCUAGCAGACCCCAAUUAAUGGACAUCGGCAAACAGCAAAUCCUUAUGAAUCCUCAUUGGGAAUGUAAGUGGAACAACAGCAACAUCAUUCUACCAUGCAUAGAGAAUAAACGUUAAAGCAGAUAAAAAGCAAUCAGUUCGAUAUAGCAGAAUAGAAUACAUUCAGGCGCUCUACAAAGUGUAAAUAUAAUCAAUCUCUGUUAGUGAUAAUACUUAUGUAGUGCCCAAGUAAACAAUAAAAAGAGCUGUACAUUAGGUUAAGCCCAUAGGAAAAACUGCUAUAAAUAUCAUUCAUAACCUCAAACAAGGUAACGCAUUAAGUAUAAAACUGAGAUUACAUAUUUCAUGACUUCGUUGAACUACGUGACAACGGAGAAAACAUAUGUAACUGCCCCCGCUCAACUGUUAAGUUAACAUUUGAGUUGCUCCCAAUACAAACUUGAUUUUUCGAUAGUUCAUUUCAGCGUACAGUCUCAAACGUGCCGAUCGACGGUUUUAUCAAAGAAAGUUUACGUAUGUCCCACGUUCGCGAUUUGAUUUAAGUCAUCGCCCCCUUGAACAACCCGUUAGUCGUUAUGGAACGUUUAUUAAGACCGCACGCGUCAUGUACCUCUAUUGCAUAGCAUUGGGGAUAUUUGCAUCGAGUUUUGGGAUAUCAUGUUCGGAUACCAGUGAUGCAAGACCGUGUGUAAAAGGCGAACCGGAUUUUUUCUGUCCAUCGCCACCAACGGUACUGGAAGUGUACAUUCCUCAUGAGCAGUACUGCAACCGUUACUACAAAUGCCUGUACGGAUUGGCGCACAGCAUGCAGUGUCCUCCAGGAACCUACUUCAACCCACGGGAAAAUAUAUGUAGUCGUGAUAAGUCGUUCUGUCGUCGUCCGAAACCGUGCACCAUUCAAGUUCCGGGCUGUUUGAACUGCGUCAAUCAGUUUGUUAAGCUGUCACACAAUGCUGCCGAAUUUGGGAUGUGCAAUAGCGAGGGGCAGGCAACGCGGUACAAGUGUCCGGAGGCGUUCGAUCCAAGAAGUAGGAAAUAUGUACCGUUGCAGUUCAUCAAUGGGAGAUGUGAGGCACCGGCCAGGUCCAACUGCUGUUUGGAUUCGGUUAUCAGUUCUACUGCUUGGAGUAAGAUGAAAAGCUCAAAUGCAAAAUGUGAUACGAUAUGUGAAGAACCAACGCAGAGAACUUGCUCGAAUACUGAAAGUACAACGACAAGUGAAGAUACUACUACAACGGUGACCCAGUCUACCACUACGUUUGAGAGACCUACUUCGACAACUAUGGAGACCACUACGUCUGAAGAGUCAACUGCUACGAGUGCUGAAUCUACUUCAACGACAACCGUGCCCACCACAACAAGCGAAGAGCCAACUACUACGUCAGUUGAAACCACUACAUCGAUUGAGCCAACGACAACCACUGAAGAGUUGGCAACAACAACAACUGUUGAAGUUAACACAACGACUGAUGAACCAAUCACAACUACUUCCGAGGAAACAACGACAAGCGAAGAUCCAUCACCUGAAGAAGAAACUUCAACGACUGCUGAGUUUUUUACGUCGCCCAUACAGUCUACUACAACAAGUGAAGAUGAAACGGAGGAAGACGAUGAUGAUGAUGAAGAGCCAACUUCAACAACUACCAAGUUUACCACAUCAACGAAAAAAUCUCCUACAACUACGACUAGAAAAAGGAUAACUACGACGACAAGAAGACCUACCAGAAUGCCACCAAAACCAAGUACGGUGGACCUCGAAACAACAAUAACCGUUCAACCCACUAUAACUUUUGAAUCUUCUACCAUAACGGAAACUGAAUCAACUACGACAACCGAAGAACCGGCCACAACGUCUACCACUACUAGAAAGCCAACCACGACAACCAGGAAGUCAAUGAGAACGACAACAGCAUUACUCACUAUUGCAGAAGCACAAAUUACCACUACAAAGGAAGAGGAUGCAGAGGUUACAACUACUAAGCAACCAACAACGACUGAACAAUCCACCCAAGCACCCCAAGAAUCAAAUGAAGAAGAGACAUAGCUGAGCAUGACAAACACUGCACUAUUUGGGAUCAAGAAUUUGUAGAUGUACUGCGAGACCCAUACCAUACAAGAAGAUGAUAUAUUUUUGUAAAAUACGAUAAGACUGAAUAUCACGCUAGUAUUGUGUCGGAUGCUAUGUAAUAGUAUGUAUAAAUAAGUGACGCAAAGACGGCAUUCAUUUAUUUGUUAUUACCCUGGUGUCCAUGAAUGCAUUUUAAACAGUCCAUUACCUGGAACAUUACUUUAGUUUUAAACAGUUUUAGUACAACAGAGGGCAACAGGUGUAUGUAAAACAGAAGCGCGAAACACAUAUAAAACAUGAAUUUAAGGCGGAAAGUUACUUAUCUAAACCUUUCAUUAUUUCUAUUUUUACAAUUUCAUACAUUCCCAAGUUUCCGAUUCAUAUAUUCCCAAGUAAUUUGGCAGUUUAUGAUUAGAGUACAGGGGAUGGCCAAAAUGUUUGGGAUAGGCAAUUUUUUUUUCUCUCACAAAAAAAAUCAACAUGCCAUAACUUUCCAUAGAGUGCAUCAAAAAAUCUCAAAUUUUGACUGUUUGUCAACCUAUUAUAUGUGCAUCAUUGGUACAAAUACCAUCUUCAUACUUAGAGCAAGCUGUAAAUUUAUAAACUACUAGCUGUCCCGGCAAACUUUGUCUUGCCCGGUUGUGGUGGUUUGCCAACUGUUGAGCUCAAAAUAUCACCGCACUCUAGAUUGGUUUUAUUUCGAUCGUGUUGAUUUCCUUCCCAGCUCAUGAAAAAUCAGUACUAUAUCAAUUUGCUUACUUUUCUGGUUGAUUUUCAUAGCUUUUUGUACAUAUAAACACAGCCACCACGAAUAUGAACCAAACCAUGCAAGAGUCAUGCUGAUCGGUUCAUCCGUUCUUGAGUUUUGUUGCCUCAAAGGAACUUCAAACUCAUUUUUAUAUAUAUAUAGAUAGAUAUAGAUAUAGAAGAUGUAUGGGAUAUGAUGGGUUCCUUUUGUUACAGGUUGUAUGAUGUAGCAUUUUUUAACUUGUUUAUAUAUCUAACUGAAUCCUCAAUUCACAGUUUCGUGGCACUAUAUGUCGGCAUCCUGUUCUCGUUGCAAUAAUAGCUGAUCAGUGGAAUAAAAUGCUAUCCAUUUCUUAUGACCAGCAAGAGCUACAUACCUAGUUAUGUACUACAUGUAAACAUUCAGUCUAAACAAUAGUCAAUUUGAUGUUUGUUAAGAAGUAGGUCACUUAAACUCUUCUUCUUGUUACCGUAUCGAUUGAAACAAAGCCUGUUUAUAAGAGUUGUGUUCUAAAAUUUGUGUUUUAGGCGUUUCCAGGGGUAUACAGUGAGUCACAAAAGGUUUCAAGUGUGUUCCAAGGGUGCUUCAUGGGAUUUCAUGUGCGCUUCAGAAUAUUUCAGGGCGUUUCAAAGGAGCUCAGGAGGCCUCAUAGUUGUUCUAGGCCUAGGGGGUUCAGGUUGUCCGAAGAAGUUUCAGGAGCAUUUCAGGAGAUUUCAAAUGGGGUUUUGAGGUCUUCUAAAGUUUUCAAGUGGCUUUAGGUGAGUGUCAGGAGGCUUUUAUGUGGCUUUCAGGGGAAGUAAAGGGGUUUCAUGGGGUUUCAUAGGAGUAUUAAAGGGCUUCAGGAUGUUUUGUUUUGGAGUACGUAUUAACGGGUUUUAAGGAGUUUCAUGAGAGUGGUUAAACAUUGCGUUGUGCAUUUUUCUCGUGAGAUGCUCUAAGUUUUACCCUCGCAGCCUUAGGGGGAAUGAAAAUCGCUAGUUUUUAUUUUUAUUAUUAUUAUUAUUAUUUCUAACGUUACGGUCUUGUCAGAACGGUUUGCUAAACUUAAUUUUGGCUUGGUUUUAGUUCGAUUGAGUAUGGACUAUCGCAAUGCGGAAAACUUUUCUUUCCCAAGUUAUCUGGAAUUCGGGUUUCACAAUUUGGGAUUUCACGAUCUUUUUGUAUGAAGAUUGAAUUCUUCAAAAAACUCUAUCAAAACUCAGAAUAGAAGCGACAAGAAUAAUCUAAAACUAACGUUUUUCAUUCCCAUAACAUUACGAGUAAAAGUUCAUACCUUAAGGCGUGUCCACGAAAUAUCACAUAAUAUAGAGCUACACUUUUGUAUAUUUUGAAAAACUUUGUCGAACACCUCGAAGUGACAAUAGGUCGGCCAAAUACCCCAACAACUUUUAGAAGUCGAAAGCAUCCAAGUUUUAUUUUUCAAAAAUCAAAAGCAAGAAGAUUACAAAGUUGUUUUUGGAAGUUUUUGAUCAGUUAAGAGGACGCAAGAGCGAAUUUUAAUUACAUUUCGGGAGGGGUAACAGUUUGGUUUCAAGAAAAUUCAAUUAGGCGCAGAAGGUUUAUAUGAAAUAGGUUUGGUGUCUUUAAGAGUUUUAGAGGAGCUUCGAUGAUCUUAGAAGGGCUUCAUGAAAAAUUCAGGAUACUGAUAAGAAUUUUAAGAAAGGAUUUUUGUAUUCUCAUGAGUGGUUUUAGGAGAGAAAGGCGGCAUGAAUUUUUUAUCCCCGUUCAACCUUCGCAAAAGUAUCGUUUUCCGUUAUAUUUGUCACCUGUAUGACAAGCUAAAACCAAGGUCUAGCCUAAUGUACUCAUUAAAACCACAUGUCUUUCUAUAUUCUUCCUUAAAGUUUCUUUAAGCCAUCUUAUUCCCUGCUAAACCAAGACAUAAACCUCAUACUUUAGCUUGAUCUUAUUCCCGAAGAAACCUCAAACCAACCAGAAAAAUAAUCCUUAAAUGUACAGCUUACACAAACAAAAGAACACUUGAACAUUGCGUUUCAUUUUAUUUUAUGUUUCUAUUGCUUCGUGGCUCGCUUGCCGUUUGGACUAUUUGAGCUCAUCAAAUUUUCAUUGAAGUUUUUCUUGUAUGCAAGAUUGUUGGCAAGCUCCAUAUUGCAGCCAACCUGUUAUUUUACAAACCUAUGAAAAAUUAUGUUGAAUACGACAAAGGUCAUUCUGUUAGAGUAACUCGAUGUAAGAACCCUUAUUUAUUUUUGAAAUUCUUCACAAAAUAAUCUCAGUUCAACGUUUUGUCUGUUUGUCCUUUUGUUCUUCGACUGUCUAUCAUAGAUUUCUGUUGCUCUAUUUAAAUACUUUGUCGGAUUGGAAGUGACGAUUGUUAGAGUAUUGCGGAUAUUGUGUAAAGUUAUUCUUUCGUCGCAUAGUUUACGUGCCAGGCAGUUACGCGCAGCUCUACACCAGUUGCGCGCAUUAAUAAUUAGGAGAGAGGAUAGAGACUACGUCGAUGCGCGCCAAAGCUACUUGCAGCACGUUCCCAAUGUCUGCGACCAAAACAAACAUUGACGCUCGCCCACCGUUGAUUUUGAUAACUUGCGUCGAAGGGUAGGUUAACUCAUUAUGGUCCCUUUCGAGAUUGUUUUAAUGAGACGGAAGUGAAACAAUAUUUCCUGGAAUUGUUCAUGAUUCGAUUGGUUUUGCCAUUAUUUGUUGCACGCAGUCUUGUACCAAUCACACGCAGUGGAUACCGGUUGGUUAUGUUUUGCAAAUACGAAUACUGUACAACUGACUGAGAAAUGGGUGAAAGUGUAAAACAGAUUUUUUUUUCUUGAAAAGCGCAAUACUCUAAUGAAUAUUACUUUGCCGUCGAUAGACCUGCUAUCACGACAUAUUAUUGGUUAAGGAGCUUACAGUUCAAUGAGAGGGAGUCAUUUAGUUUUAUCUAAGAAUCGAUGUAGUGUUGUGUCUCAGAAAAGCAUCGGAGAGUUUCACUUUCAAGGAUUGAAGCGCCUGAAUGAAAAAGAAUAAGACGUGGGAAUCAAAAUUAUUACCGUUAUUUAGCGAAAGUGUAGCCAGCCAACUAGCUCAGUGACUUGAAAUAACCAAAGGCUUUAUAACUUACAAUAGAAACACUCAAUGCUGAGGCCAUCGAUUUCUUUUGUUUUUCUGAACAAUACGUUAUUCUAUUUUGUGAGCUUCGUGACCGUGCGAUUAGCAGGGAAUGAAAUUAUCAGCAAAUUGAGACGAAAAUUGACGUUUUCCGAGCAACCGAACAAUUCAACGAUUCUUUUUCCAGCGAGAAAUGUUAAUCGGUCGCUGCUGUUGUCCACGACCAAAUAUAGCCGAGAACUGAAAAUCUAUCUUGCCAUUUUCGCUAUGGGGCUGUCCAUAAACCACGUGGUCAUUUUUUUGGGACUUUUCAACCCCCCCCCUCCGCGUGGUCAUUAGUCCAUACAAAAAAUUUUAUUUGUCCAUACAAAAUGGUCAUUGGCCGACCCCCCCGCCCCAUGAACAACGUGGUUUAUGGACAGCCCCUAUCCAACUUUAUCGCCUUGCCAAUUAUCGGAAGGCAAAUAACAAAAAUUGUGCCACCAACGGGAUUCGAAUCUAGACCCUCCACAAAAAUGUGUCUUGGCGCGCAUCAUAACCAUGCGACCACACAAGCUGCUCGAGAGGAAGAAGAAAUUCGAUGCAUAAAAGCUACCUUCGGUGACGACGACAAGACGGAAAGGCGAACAAAGAGCAGAAAGCAAACCAGUCGACUUUUCAUUGCUGGUGAUAAUCCAUUUUCGGCGCUGCGCUGCGGGAUGAGCGAGAACGCAUUCUCGGGAGAAAACCGGGUCUGAAUUUAUCGCACGUCUUUUUUCGCUGAUAAUGCGUGCGAGAGAGUUUUCUAUGAUCGCGAUCGUGAUCGAUAAUUUCAUUCCCUGGCGAUUAGUAGCGUUAGUUCUCUAGGUGCUUCGUAAGCCGUGGAGUGUGGGUGUGACCAGUCUGGGAAUUUUUGUUCUCUCUCUCUCUCUCUCUCUCUUCUUGGCGUAACGUCCUCACUGGGACAAAGCCUGCUUCUCAGCUUAGUGUUCUAUGAGCACUUCCACAGUUAUUAACUGAGAGCUUCCUCUGCCAAUGACCAUUUUGCAUACGUAUAUCGUGUGGCAGGCACGAAGAUACUCUAUGCCCAAGGAAGUCAAGGAAAUUUCCUUUACGAAAAGAUCCUGGACCGACCGGGAAUCGAACCCGUCACCCUCAGCAUGGUCAUGCUGAAUACCCGUGCGUUCACCGCCUCGGCUAUAUGGGCCCUUUUUUUUUGUUCGUGUUAAGUAAAAUUCUCCACUAGGCCAUUGGGUGUUAUGCUUGUUCUCCGUUGUCUAGUGUUAGUAAUGUUAAGUUUGUGUAGCUUCUUGCCAAGCCUGUGCACAAGGGACAACCCCUCCCGUUGCGAUGUUACAUACACUAGGCGCCCCUCCACCUUUUGUUAAAAUUGAGAAAAGCCCCUCCCUUGUCGCCUUUUCAGUGUACGGGCUUGCUUCUCGCUGAAAACAGUGUCUCUAUAUUAUUAUCAAAUAAAUAAUUCUUCUUCUGCGACAAAGCCUGCUUCUCAGCAUAGUGUUCUACGAGCACUUCCACAGAUAUUAACUGAGAGCUUCCUCAGCCAAUGACCAUUUUGCAUAAGAAUAUCGUUUGGCAGGCACAAAGAUACUUGGAAACACCGAGGAAAUUUCCAUUAGGAAAACUUAUUGAGCUGAUCGGAAAUCGAACCCGUUACCCUCAGCGUGGCUACGUCUUUAUAGAUGUGGCUAUAUGGGCCCUCAAUGCCUACAAAUGACGAAACGUGUCUCUCUGAUGGCUGAUUCACUCGUUCCUUUGCGGCUAACUUCUCAGCUGGUUGAAGCUAAACUGAUGAAAUUUAUUUUUUUGAAAUACUUUUUACCAUGGAUACAACACAUUAUCAAUCAGCGCUGUACACUAUACAGGUCGGACUCGAAUAUCCGGAGUCAGGUUCUAACGUUUCCCAAAAUAAUAUUUCUGAAACGGAAUGCUGUAAGAAGCUGAAGUUUUGACUGAUCAUUAAUCAAAGUUGGAUGGACAAAAUGUCCAAAUUUCAGUUUUAUAGAGCAUUCCGUUCUUUAGCUAUAUGUUUGAGAAGCAUCAGAACCCAACUCCGGAUAAUCGAGUCCGACCUGUAAUUACAAUUUAGGCGAUGGUUUUUUUCCUAUUUUAACCAUCCUAAGAUAUUAAGCUAGGCGCACCACGACGGCGUAGUGUAAGGUCAGCGAGCCUUUCUGGGUCAUAUUGACCCCAACAUUCUACUAGGAUUAAACAAAACUGAAAAAAGAUUGCUUUAAGGAAUAUUUCAACUUUUUAACUCUCACAACAAGAACCGCGUAAACAACAGCCCCACUGUACUCAAAGCCCCGUCUUAUAAUAAGCACGUUUCACAAGUGUUUUCCGCGUACAACUUCCUUAUCCUAAUCGCCGUACACGUGCAAAACACUGUUCCGCGUUUGCCGCUUACGCUCGCCCAAACCGGACACCAAUCACGUACCGAACUCGACAAAAAGUACGUUUAUAGACCUACGGUGGACACAGUUUCCCACAAUCGUUUCAGCAUGAGAAUUCCUUAUGUGGUUUUUUGUGCCGUAGGGCUCGCACUCGCCAUCCCUGGAGUGUCCGCGCAGUGCUCCAGCUGCGU